ACGUUGGAUUUACUUCAAAUUCUUCCGCUGAGACUUUACAAAUACAUUCUUCUUCUGUAAUGUCUCACAUUAACUCGGCGUCCAAAUACUGUGAAACUCUGAUCAGAUUAUGCUAUAUUAUUAUUGGUUAUUUAUAAAAUGAAGGAUUUUUAUUUACUACUUCGAAAUUCAUGGUCAUUUUGAUUGAAUAUAUAAAGCAGUAAGUGUAGAGAGGGUAAAUAAAUUUUUGUUGUCCACGCUGUCAAAGAUUUACUCUCUAAUUAGAUAUUUGUUAAGUUAGAUAAGUUUUAAUUCUAAAGGCACGUUCCACUACAUCAGUUAUAUUUAAAGGUCUAUAAUGAGAUGGUUUUCUAAAAGUUCUGGUUCACAACGCGCUUUAGUAGAAAAUAAGCUGAAAAUAAAGAAAAAACCAUUACUAUGGUCGCUAUUAUGCACAACGAAGCGGUCAAGUUUAACUUUUAAGCGUCCCUUUCGAGAAAAUAUAGAUACUCAAAAGUCAAGGUGGGUUCAGCAACGUCGAAAGUCAAGAAUAUCAGAUAACUUUGACACUAAUCUCUGUUCGUCUCUUGAGUCUCUAUCAAGUGAAUCGGGAAAUUAUAUAAAAACAUUUAAACGGGAUGAUCCAAUCGCUCCGACUUUAAAACAAUGUUCUAAUGAAUUACCUAUAGCUUAUUGUCCAAAUUGUCACACAAAUGUAGUUCCAGUAUAUCAAAAGGUUAUUUAUUCAAAUCAUGCGAUUAUGGAUAAUAAGGUUUCAGAAAGUGAAAUGGUUGAAAUAUCUAACGAAUAUACUGUCUACGAAUCUGUUUAUAAAAAUAGUUUACUUUCUAUUGAUACUAAUAUGGAUUGUGAGUUAAUUGAGCGCAAAGAACUUCAACCAGUUGACAAGGUACAAUUACCUUUGUAUUUCUUGCCAAUAGAACCGUUAGCCUUCAGUACUAUCGAUCGUAAAGCUAUUGCCUUCGAUGACUGUAAAACAGUGUACGACGAAGUUGCUUCCGAAAAUGAGGAAGACUCAUCUUCAGGGCACUAUGAUUCAUUACACUUUGUAAUGAUAAAACAAAACACCAGACCUUAUCGUAAGCGUAGCGCUUAUCCUGAAUCAGAUUCAUAUCAACAAAUGAAACGGAUAAGACGAGAGGUGUUCGUUUGUGAAGAAUAAAUGUAAUCUUCUUGUCAAAGUAAAACUACAUAUUUUAUAAUAAUUGGUGGCAGCAUUUAUGUUUAAAAACACCUUCGGCAUUUUCUAACUUUCCUCGUCAAAAAUCACUAAGUUUUUGUUAUUUCGGUGUUUGUUAUUAUCAUUUUUAUGUAAUUGGCAUUGUUUUCUAAGUAUUAAUAACAUUCCGAUUUUAUAUACUA